GUGUACAUUGUGCACAUGAUGCACAGUGUGGGUGAAAGGGUUGCUUGGUCAUGUGCAGAAACAAUAACUUUAUGAAUAACUCUUAUCAUAUGACUCCUCCUAUAAAUCACAAGUGCCUUUAAAAGGGGACUCCCUGUCACCUUGCACACAGCAAGAACCUCAGAAAGGACAGCAUUUUCAUCGUCUUGUCUCUUCACUUGACUCUACACAUGGCUUUACUGGAGGGACUUCUCCAGGCCCCCGGCUCAUUCACUCUGCUGGUUGCGGUGCUGUUGCUGCUUGUCUGGCUUUACUCCUCCGGUGUCAGCAACCCAGAGAAAGGGAAGGAACCUCCAGGACCCAGACCACUGCCUAUCCUGGGUAACCUGCUGAUGCUGGAUAUGCAUAAACUAUACGAGACACUGUGUGAGAUCUCCAAAAAGUAUGGAUCUGUCUUCACGGUUUACUUUGGGCCUCAGAAGAUUGUGGUCUUGGCAGGAUAUAAGACGGUGAAGGAGGCACUUGUUGGCCGUGCAGAAGAGUUUGGGGACAGAGCGGUCACCCCCAUAUUUAAUGACCUAAACAACGGACAUGGAAUUAUCUUCUCAAAUGGAGGUCAGUGGAAAGAGAUGAGGCGGUUUGCUUUGUCGAACCUGCGAGACUUUGGCAUGGGAAAAAAAGGCAGUGAAGAAAAAAUUAUCGAAGAGACACGCUACCUGUCAGAGGUGUUUGAAAACUUUAAAGGUAAAGCAUUCGAUACGACGCAGCCGGUGAACUAUGCCGUCUCCAAUAUCAUCUGUGCUAUUGUGUACGGCAGCAGAUUUGAUUACAAUGAUUCCAGGUUUAAAGACAUGGUCAACAGAGCCAAUGAGAACAUCAGACUGGGGGGAUCUGCCUCUAUUCAGAUCUACAACAUGUUCCCUUGGAUGGGUCCCCUGCUGAGGAACUGGCGAAGCUUCAAGGCCAGAUCAGAAGUGCAUUUUGAGGAAAUGAGGAAACUGAUCAAGGAACUGCAAGACACCCUGAACCCCAAUGAGCAGAGGGGAUUCGUUGACUCCUUCCUGAUCCAAAAACAGAAAGCAGAGGAAUCAGGACAGAAGGACACAUUCUUCAAUCAGGAAAAUAUGGUACACUCUGUGGCCAACCUGUUUGCAGCUGGCACUGACACCACAGGGACUACACUGCGCUGGGGACUGUUGCUGAUGGCCAAGUACCCCGACAUACAGGACCGAGUGCAGGAGGAGAUUGACAGGGUGAUCGGUGACCGGCAACCUGCCGUGGAGGACAGGAAGAGCCUGCCCUACACCGAUGCAGUGAUCCACGAGACGCAGAGACUAGCCAACAUCGUGCCCAUGAGUAUCCCACACACCACCAGCUGUGAUGUUGACUUCCAGGGCUUCUUCAUCAAAAAGGGCACAACAGUGUUCCCCCUGCUCACCUCAGUGUUGAGGGACGAAUCUGAAUGGGCCAAACCCUACGUGUUUCACCCAGAACACUUCCUGGAUGCACAGGGGCGGUUUGUCAAGAGAGACGCCUUCAUGCCCUUCUCAGCAGGACGCAGGGUGUGUCUGGGAGAGAGUCUGGCCAGGAUGGAACUCUUCCUCUUCUUCGCCACUCUUCUUCAGCGCUUCCGUUUCACUCCUCCUCCUGGUGUCUCUGAGGAUGAGCUGGACCUCACACCAUUGGUGGGGUUCACCCUUAAUCCCUCCCCCCAUAAACUGUGUGCAGUGAGCCGCUCCUGAGGUUCCUACCAUUGACAUAUAGAGGGAGG